UGUGUCACACCCAAAUGGCUCUUGGCUGUACGCCCAGAAUUAUCACACAAGUCACGAGGUGAACUCAAGCAGUAGAAAGUUAGAGGUGAUAUUAUAGCACACACUAUGUGUAACUUUGUUGCUCUGUCAGCAGUUUCCUGUGGAGUUUUUCUAAUGUCAGUGUUUCCUGUAGGUAGGUGGGUUUAACGGAUCUUAUCUGCUUAAAAGUUUGUCACAUCAUAGAAGUAAGGAAGUAAUGCGAUAGAAGUCACUGUCUUCUGUCUUCAUGACAGUAGACUUGUUUCGCUCAGUGGAGCCCCAGUUAGAGACAGAUAUGAUACCUGCAGUGGUACUGAUGACCCUGUUGUGGAGCACAGAUCUCCAGGCUCAAAGCGUCAGUCCACCAGCUGAAUACUCAGUCAGACUGGUGGAUGGGACCACUUCCUGUUCUGGGAAAGUGGAAGUCUUCUACAGAGGAGAGUGGUUGGGUCUAUGUCCUAGUUGGUGGAGCAUAAUGAAAGAGGCCAAGGUUUUGUGUAGAGAGCUGAACUGUGGGAAUCCUGUAGCUGAAUCUAUUGGACCUCUGGUUGAGGAUGGAAGAAAAAGAGGAUUAUUUCUUUAUAGUUGUAGGGGAAAUGAGUCAUUGUUUAGACAGUGUGACAUCAGAGGAGAACCUGGUUACUGCUUUGGUGAAUAUUAUCAUCAUGUGAUCUGUUCAGAGUCUGUGUGGCUUGUGGAUGGAGCUGGUCUCUGCUCUGGGAGAGUGGAGGUGAAGUCCAGUCAGUCCUGGGCCUCAGUGUGUGAAGCUGACUUUGACCGGCAGGAUGCAGAGGUAGUCUGUAGGGAUAUUGGCUGUGGGGCUCCUGCAGCUCUACAGGGGGGGCUCUAUGGAGAAGGUGAGGGUCAGACCUGGGAUAAAGAGUUCCAGUGUAAAGGCAAAGAGUCCCUUCUCCUGGACUGUGACACCUCAGACAGAAAACACAACACCUGCCUACCUGGUAAUGCUGUUGGACUCACCUGCUCAGAGCCUGAUAAUGUGAGGCUGGUGGGAGGAGGCAGUCGCUGUGCUGGUGGAGUGGAGUGGUACGACCAGGGAGAGUGGAGGACUGUGGGAACUCUCUCUGACGUGAAGGCUAUGGCUGCAGUAGUGUGUAGACAGUUGGGUUGUGGCUCCACUCUUUCAGUACUACCUGGAGACACCACUAGAAGGUUUGGAGUUUCCUGUUCUGGGUCUGAGUCUUCACUAAGGGAGUGUUUGACAAGUUAUGAUCUCCUUCCUGGACUCACAGUGAUCUGCUCAGAUCUCCUGGUCCAGCCUGAUAUCUCCCUGACUGACUCAUUGGGAGGGGUCUCCAGGGACCACAACUUCACCAUCACCUGCUCCACUCAGCCACAGUACCCAGGAGGCUCCUUCCUCCUCACGUUCACCGGCUCCAACAUACAGCAGAUCCAGCCAGCUGUCAAUCACUCUGCUGCCUUCCACUUCCCUGCUGCAGAUGACUCCCACCAAGGGAACUACAGCUGUGUUUAUGACAAUUAUGUUUUCUCUCAUAACUUCUCCUCUGAGAGUGAGCUCCUCUCCCUCGCCAUCACAGAUCUCCAGGUUCAAAGCGUCAGUCCACCAGCUGAAUACUCAGUCAGACUGGUGAAUGGGACCACUUCCUGUUCUGGGACAGUGGAAGUCUUCUACAGAGGAGAGUGGUUGGGUCUAUGUCCUGUGUGGUGGAGCAUGAGAGAUGUUAAGGUUUUGUGUAGAGAGCUGAACUGUGGGAAUCCUGUAUCUGAAUCUAUAGGACCUCUGAUUGAAGAUGGAAGAAGAGGAGUAUUUCUUUAUAGUUGUAGGGGAAAUGAGUCAUUGUUUAGACAGUGUGACAUCAGAGGAAGACCUGGUGUCUGUAAUGGUGGAUAUUAUCAUCAUGUGACCUGUUCAGAGUCUGUGAAGCUUGUGGAUGGAGCUGGUCUCUGCUCUGGGAGAGUGGAGGUGAAGUCCAAUCAGUCCUGGGCCUCAGUGUGUGAAGCUGACUUUGACCGGCAGGAUGCAGAGGUAGUCUGUAGGGAUGUUGGCUGUGGGGCUCCUGCAGCUCUACAGGGGGGGCUCUAUGGAGAAGGUGGGGGUCAGACCUGGGAUAAAGAGUUCCAGUGUAAAGGCAAUGAGUCCCUUCUCCUGGACUGUGACACCUCAGACAGAGAGAACAACACCUGCCUACCUGGUAAUGCUGUUGGACUCACCUGCUCAGAGCCUGAUGAUGUGAGGCUGGUGGGAGGAGGCUGUCGCUGUGCUGGUGGAGUGGAGUGGUACGACCAGGGAGAGUGGAGGACUGUGGGAACUCUCUCUGACGUGAAGGCUAUAGCUGCAGUUGUGUGUAGACAGCUGGAUUGUGGCUCCACUGUUUCAGCACUAACAGGAAACAUCACUAGAGGGUUUGGAGUUUCCUGUUCUGGGUCUGAGUCUUCACUGAGGGAAUGUUCCAGAAGUUAUGAUCUCCUUCCUGGACUCACAGUGAUCUGCUCAGAUCUCCUGGUCCAGCCUGAUAUCUUCCUGACUGACUCAAUGGGAGGGGUCUUCAGGGGCCACCAGGGGCCCGAGGUGUUUAGGGGCUACAGCUUCACCAUCACCUGCUCCACUCAGCCACAGUACCCAGGAGGCUCCUUCCUCCUCACAUUCACCGACUCCAACAGAACCCAGACCCAGCCAGCUGUCAAUCACUCUGCUGCCUUCCUCUUCCCUGCUGCAGAUGACUCCCACCAAGGGAACUACAGCUGUGUUUAUGACAAUGAUGUUUUCUCUCAUAACUUCUCCUCUGAGAGUGAGCUCCUCUCCCUCACCAUCACAGAUCUCCAGGCUCAAAGCGUCAGUCCACCAGCUGAACUCUCAGUCAGACUGGUGAAUGGAACCACUUCCUGUUCUGGGAAAGUGGAAGUCUUCUACAGAGGAGAGUGGUUGGGUCUAUGUCCUAGUUGGUGGAGCAUAAUGAAAGAGACUAAGGUUUUGUGUAGAGAGCUGAACUGUGGGAAUCCUGUAGCUGAAUCUAGAGGACCUCUGAUUGAAGAUGGAAGAGGAGGAGGAUUAUUUCUUUAUAGUUGUAGGGGAAAUGAGUCAUUGUUUAGACAAUGUGAGAUCAGAGGAGAACCUGGUGUCUGUGAUGGUGGAUAUUAUCAUCAUGUGACCUGUUCAGAGUCUGUGCGGCUUGUGGAUGGAGCUGGUCUCUGCUCUGGGAGAGUGGAGGUGAAGUCCAAUCAGUCCUGGGCCUCAGUGUGUGAAGCUGACUUUGACCGGCAGGAUGCAGAGGUAGUCUGUGGGGAGCUCGGCUGUGGGGCUCCUGCAGCUCUACAGGGGGGGCUCUAUGGAGAAGGUGAGGGUCAGACCUGGGAUAAAGAGUUCCAGUGUAAAGGCAAAGAGUCCCUUCUCCUGGACUGUGACACCUCAGACAGAGAGAACAACACCUGCCUACCUGGUAAUGCUGUUGGACUCACCUGCUCAGAGCCUGAUGAUGUGAGGCUGGUUGGAGGAGGCAGUCGCUGUGCUGGUGGAGUGGAGUGGUACGACCAGGGAGAGUGGAGGACUGUGGGAAAUCUCUCUGACGUGAAGGCUAUAGCUGCACUAGUGUGUAGACAGCUGGGUUGUGGCUCCACUGUUUCAGUACCACCUGGAAACAUCACUAGAGGGUUUGGAGUUUCCUGUUCUGGGUCUGAGUCUUCACUGAGGGAAUGUUCCAGAAGUUAUGAUCUCCUUCCUGGACUCACAGUGAUCUGCUCAGAGUCUGUGCGGCUUGUGGAUGGAGCUAGUCUCUGCUCUGGGAGAGUGGAGGUGAAGUCCAAUCAGUCCUGGGUCUCAGUGUGUGAAGCUGACUUUGACCGGCAGGAUGCAGAGGUAGUCUGUGGGGAGCUUGGCUGUGGGGCUCCUGCAGCUCUACAGGGGGGGCUCUAUGGAGAAGGUGGGGGUCAGACCUGGGAUAAAGAGUUCCAGUGUAAAGGCAAUGAGUCCCUUCUCCUGGACUGUGACACCUCAGACAGAGAGAACAACACCUGCCUACCUGGUAAUGCUGUUGGACUCACCUGCUCAAAGCCUGAUGAUGUGAGGCUGGUGGGAGGAGGCAGUCACUGUGCUGGUGGAGUGGAGUGGUACGACCAGGGAGAGUGGAGGACUGUGGGAGCUGAUGACUGGAACCAGAGGGAUGUAGCUGCAGUAGUGUGUAGACAGCUGGGUUGUGGCUCCACUGUUUCAGUACCACCUGGAAACACCACUAGAGGUUUCAGCGUUUCCUGUUCUGGGUCUGAGGGCGCACUGAGGGAAUGUUCCAGAAGUUAUGAUCUCCUUCCUGGACUCACAGUGAUCUGCUCAGAGUCUGUGCGGCUUGUGGAUGGAGCUGGUCUCUGCUCUGGGAGAGUGGAGGUGAAGUCCAAUCAGUCCUGGGCCUCAGUGUGUGAAGCUGACUUUGACCGGCAGGAUGCAGAGGUAGUCUGUAGGGAGUUUGGCUGUGGGGCUCCUGCAGCUCUACAGGGGGGUCUCUAUGGAGAAGGUGGGGGUCAGACCUGGGAUAAAGAGUUCCAGUGUAAAGGCAAAGAGUCCCUUCUCCUGGACUGUGACACCUCAGACAGAGAGAACAACACCUGCCUACCUGGUAAUGCUGUUGGACUCACCUGCUCAGAGCCUGAUGAUGUGAGGCUGGUGGGAGGAGGCAGUCGCUGUGCUGGUGGAGUGGAGUGGUACGACCAGGGAGAGUGGAGGACUGUGGGAGCUGAGGACUGGGAUGUAGCUGCAGUAGUGUGUAGACAGAUGCGUUGUGGCUCCACUGUUUCAGUACUACCUGGAAACACCACUAGAGGGUUUGGAGUUUCCUGUUCUGGGUCUGAUUCUUCACUGAGGGAGUGUUGGAGAAGUUAUUAUCUCCGUCCUGGACUCACAGUGAUCUGCUCAGAUCUCCUGGUCCAGCCUGAUAUCUUCCUGACUGACUUAAUGGGAGGGGUCUUCAGGGGCCACCAGGGGCCCGAGAUGUUCAGGGGCUACAACUUCACCAUCACCUGCUCCACUCAGCCACAGUACCCAGGAGGCUCCUUCCUCCUCACGUUCACCGGCUCCAACAGAACCCAGACCCAGCCAGCUGUCAAUCACUCUGCUGCCUUCCUCUUCCCUGCUGCAGAUGACUCCCACCAAGGGAACUACAGCUGUGUUUAUGACAAUUAUGUUUUCUCUCAUAACUUCUCCUCUGAGAGUGAGCUCCUCUCCCUCACCAUCACAGCCUCUCCUCUGCCAGCCUUCAUCAUCAGACACGUUGUAGUCCUGCUGAUCCUACUGACAGCCAUCACCACCUCCUACCUGUACUACAAGCCCACCAGGAGGCAGAAGAGAGUGAACAGGGUGAGCAGCAUGGAUCUUUAUGUCAAUGCCAUGGAGAUGGUCUCUCUGAGCUCCAGAGCUGAAGCUGGACCGGGAGAGGAGAGAGCAGCCCAGGGGACGGAGUAGGAGUAGAAUGAAUCUGACCCUACAUGCUGAUCUUAGGUCAGUUUUGUGUUUUAAAUCGAUGGUCAGCAGUGGACUGGUGUUUAAAAUGUGGUGACAAACCUGAAGUGAUUCUAAUUUUAAUAGCAAGUUCAGAAUUAGUUUAUCUUUCUAGAACCUUGGAAGAAAUCUAAAAGGAGUGACUGCAACCACCAUUAUUCAUUUAGUUUGGUUUUUACCACCAGAGUAACAUGGGUGUUUGGGUAACAUGGGGUUUUGGGUAACAUGGGGUUCUGGGUAAAAUGGGGUUUUGGGUAACAUGGGGUUCUGGGUAACAUGGGGUUUUGGGUAACAUGGGGU